UGAAGAUACGUGUAAUUUCAACUUGUAAUUUCAUCUAGUUUUGACAGACGGUGAGCAGGAGAGCUGUAAUGAACCAAUCUACAAUCUGCAAUUCAUCUAAGCAAAUAGAUUAAUCAGAUGUAGGCCUACAACGUUUAACGAAUAAUGGUUUACUGAGUUGUUCCUUUCAAGAUAAAGAAAUUCCUAUCAUGACUUGUAGACAAUGGUGCUGCCAGCGUUCUUCCUGCGGAUACGAUUUUUCAAUUUAAGCCUGUCGUUUUGUCAAUGAUAUAUGCGAAAUUCUAAAGAUUAUAAGUGCCAUUUGCAGAUUCUGCGAGUUUUUACCUCAGAGUUGAGUUCUCUUUGUUGAUUUCAACUGGAAAAAAUUAAACUAAACUAUGCUGCAACCAUCAGAAUUCUCCAGCAAGAUCCUUGCUAUCUGCUACUGGGUAUGUUGCCAAUCCUGCCUGGUGUGGUCAUGGUCGUUAAACCACGUACUCUCAAAUUUCAUCAGUACCUCUGAUGAGAUAAAGGAGCAGAUGGAAGAAGCUUGUUGUGGAAGAGUUCUUAUCAAGUGCAUAAAAAUCUUGUUGUGUCUAGCAUUCAUUUUUCUUUGGCUUCCAUUUGCUUUGGUAGCCUUUCUACUUAAAAUAGGCCUCCAGAAAUAUCGCUGUCGGUAUGCGUAUCAUUAUAAGCAAAAUCAACACGAAAAAAAUCCAUACGGAUACUUCGGCAUUGAGGAAGGAAAUAAAAUACCGUUUUUUCAUGUUAGUUCAUUCAAUACGUGUCUUCUUCCAGAAGCAUUAUCCAGAAUUAAUAAUUUACGGAAUGUUGAGAAGCGCGCAAAGGUAAUUUCUGCGUACAUUGUCAAUUCGCAGGUGCGACCAAAUCCGAGAAUAGUUGUUCAAUCACCUACGGCCACUGAUUUGAAAAUCUUAUCAGUUUGUAGUAUGAAUGACCAGUUAAAUUCCUCCUCUUUGCCACGGAACCAAUCGCAAAGGACUUCAAGUGGAGACGACAUAUUUGACGACGUGUUCGUUGCUCAAGUCUCAUACCCGUCGUGUAGUCGGAUUCAACGAGAUCGUAUACUCAGCGAUUCGGCAACGUUGGUAAAAAGUCGCUAUGGCAAUGAUGGGUCCACAGAGCCGGGUCAGGGUUACAGUCUGCUUUCACGUAUAAACGAGGGAUUGUCAUUCAGUUCAGUAGACAUGCGAAACAACUCUACGAGUGGUGUAUACCGUGAAUCAAAUAACCGUAGGAGUAGUAUCAACCAUCAGUCAGUCAUUAUUGAGUACAAUAGACCUCCCAAACCACUACCAUCAAGUACGUCUGCAAGCGUCUUCUUCGAUUCUAACCCAAGCGUCUAUCUGCGAGAUUGUGGCGUCACUGUCAGUGAGCCUGUUUCUACAAUUCCAAGCACUAGCCCUGUGCUCUUCUCGUUUGACGCGAGUCAUUUGCGCGACUUCAGCCACGAGAUAAUCACAGACUUCGAACAUUCGCUAAGUAUGAAUUUUCCGCCAGAGAUGGACUUCCUUUGCCUUCAGGAGGUCUUUGAUACACGUGCUUCAAAACAUUUGGUAAGAGGUUUACAGGUGUGGUUUAGUCACAUCUUGACUGACGCAGGUGUGUGUAGUUGGUCAGCGAACAAGUUCAUGUUGUCCAGUGGUCUUGUUAUUGCCAGCCGGUAUCCAAUAAUUGAUGCUGAAUUCAAACACUUUACUGCAAAAGAAAAGGAAGAUAAAGCGAUCUGCAAAGGGCUUCUUAUGGCUAAGGUACAUGUCGGUACUACAAAAGAUGGACAGAAACUUGUAGGAUAUAUUUCUACUACCCAGCUUCAAUCCACACAAGAUCACGAAACCAGGUCAAUACAAAUGACGGAAAUCGUAUCGUGGCUAGAAUCAUUUCGAAGCACCGCUGUAACGGAGAACGAACUGAUCGUACUUGAUGUCUUAACAGGAAACUUUAACUUCGACAACAUGUCUCCAAAAGACGUUUCAGACUUCAAUCACCCACUGUUCUCGAUCUACCAAGACCCGUGUAGGCAGAGCCCUGGCCUAGAUCAUUCGUGGACUGUGGGAACAGUGCUGAAGAGUAGCACAUUACAUGAUAAGGAAGUAAGCACCCCAGAGGGACUACAGAGAAUUCUGGAAGAUGUGCAGUUGCGCGGCAAAUAUGUUGAGGAUCUUGAAGUUUAUUUUACAUCCGCCAGUGGAAGCCUUCCAUCGAAUCUGAAAGACUACCAGCGCUACAAAGGAAAUGGCCGUCGAAGGGUCGAUUUGAUCCUCUACAACAACGACAACGCACAUUACCAACAGAUGUGUGAAGAGUUUCAUUUCGUCACCCAAUUGACGUCUCUGACCGACCACAUUCCCUUAAGCAUGGUGGUUUCCUCCGGCACACAACGGCCGACCACGUGGUCUCAACAAGACGGCGACACUAGCAAAGAAGAGAAUGUAUUCUAUGACUCGUCAAUCGAUUUAGAUGUUGUAAGCGAUGCAGGUAGCAGUCAUGAUUCGUGGACCUGAAACCUAGACUUAAAACAAGUGUCAACUAAAAUAAACUCAUGUGGCAGUUGUUCAUGAUGAAUAAGACAUGACAUAAGAAGUUCAAUUACUAUAUUAAUGUCUGUUGUAAGGUAUAAUUACAAAGAACACCUUGUUUUAUAAGAGCCAGAAUAGUCUGUAAAGACAUCGAAGAAAGACGUUGAUUAUCACAAGAUACCGCUACUGGUUAAUUUGGUUGGAAUUUUAUACUUCUAUGGUUAGAUCUGUUCUUGUAGUUGACGACUUCCCCUAUGUACUUCCUUAUACUGUUUAUAUUUAUAUUUAAAAAUAAUUAUAUGUACACCAGUCAACCAAUUAUACAAUCAAUCAAUAUAUCAAUCAAUCAAUCAAUAUAUCAAACAGUCAAGAAAUAUCACCGCACCCAUGUAGGAUUAACUAGAAAACACCUAUCAGUGGACUAUUUGAAUUUGUAUGACCAACAUCAACUAUGUGGCCUAUCCUUUAUAAUAAAUUUAUAUCUAACAUAGUUAUAUUAUAUAAGCUAGUCAAUCAAUCAAUCAGUAAAUAAAUCAGUUGUCAGUCAAGAAAUAUCACCGCACCAUUAUAUAGCAUAACUAGAAAAUACCUAUCAAUGGACAAUUUGUAUUUGUAGUGACCAGUUUCCACUAUGUACAGUACUUCCUUAUGCUGUUUAUCUUUAACAUAAAUAUAUUAUAUACAUCAAUCAUUCAAUAAAUCAAACAGUUGUCAGUGAAGAAAUAUCACCACACCAUAUGGAAUUCAUUAUAAAACACCUAUCAGUGGACAAUUUGACACAAUUAAUUAUAAAGGAAUAAAACAGCUCUUGUCCAUAAUAGAUAACAUGGUGUUUUAGAUGUUAAAACGCUCCUAAUAAUUUUGGAAAAUUCAGCAGUUGAUGUAGUAACCGACUUCCAGUAUGCUCACCCUAUAAGGAUUGAUGCCUACUGAUUAUGUUUAAAAUCAAUCAAAACAUAAAAUGAAUUAAAUUUGAAAAUUCAUGGUGAGAAAGAAGAUAGAUUUUAGUGAAUUUUCAGUAAAUGCGGAUGAUACAUGGUUAUGCUCAAUAUGGUGCCAUUUAGAGAUGGUUUAAAUUCGGUUGUAUUAUUUUCUUUGAUAUUCUUAUUUCCUCAAUGAGAAAACUAUUAGUAUUAUCUAUUAAGAAAUGAUUAAGAACAUUAUAAAAUAUAUACGAUAGAACAAUUAUAAUGGAUAGCGCCUUAUAUCCAAAGAAGUGUUAUUGAACAUAUUGAAUGUACACAUUGGUAAAAUCAUUUGUUAUAAGCGCAUUUUCCAGUGGAUACAAGUGCUAUGAAAGUAUAUGAAUUUAUAGGCCUAUUAAUAAUUGAUUAUAUUACUUUGAUUUGCAUUCUUAAUUUUAAUUUGUUAAAUAUGUGUUCUUAUUUUUAGAAUAAUGUUUCGAAAUAAUUUCAAAUUCAGCUUUAAUACAGUUAUUCGAUCUUUACAAAAAGCAUAAUGGAGAUAAAAAUACUUAUGUGAAUUGAAGUAAUAAAUUUUCU